UGCAUGCCGUUUGCGUGCGUGUGUGUGCAAGAAAGUGGCCCGUCGAUUGAAGGAUGAUCUUGGUCCGGUUGAUGCUGGCGUUUGCCGCCCAGGCCGUGGCGGUAGCGGGACAGAAGAGCGGUGCAUCUGAGCGCCUCCGGGCGCGUUCUUCAUCAGCAUCUGCGCUGCGGUUAUUGUUGCCGCCGCCUGGCUCUGCUGGCAGAAACUCAGAUGCCUUGUUCUGCUGCCCGACGACCCUUACUCCUUUCUUGACCGUGAGGCGAAGAAAGCCUCGCCGGGCGGCUUGCGCAGCCAGAGAGAUCGGGAAUGAUGCACCAUCACAGGCCGUUCAGUCGUACUACGAGCGGAGGCGGGAGGCCAUGGGCGCGUGGACGGAGGAGAGGCGAGGCAGGGACCUGUGCGAGCGGUGUCGGAGGGCUCGAGAGAUGUGCCUGUGCUCUUCCUUGCCGGCUGAAGCCAUGCCAACGUCUACUCGGUUCGUAAUAUUGCAACAUCCAGCGGAAACUAAGAAGCGUGUCACCGGGACCGUUCCUCUGGUCCUCCACUGCCUCGCCAACUGCACCCGCGUGGUCAUGCGGUACGACUACAGCGAGCAAGACCUCAGGAAAGCCCUCGGCGUCGAGGUGGCAAUAUACCGUUCUCCAGAACGCGUCUCGGAAAUUUCCUCGGAGCGGGAAAACAGCGCCAGCACAGGCAUUCCGCUUCUUCUUUUCCCCUGCCCCGGUGCGGAAUACCUUGAGGACAUCGCCGCUUCCCGAGAUCAACCUGCCCCGUCUGCACAGCCCUUCCCACCACCACCAGCGGCAGCCGCAGCAGCGGCAGAACUAACAACAACAACAACAGGAGGAGGAGGAGGAGGAGGAGGAGAGGUGGUGGUGGUGCUCGUCGACGGCACCUGGUCGCAGGCGAAGCAGAUCUUGUCCAGGUACCCCUCCCUCCUCCGCCCGACAACGGCAACCACGCCCGCCGGACAGAAGACUAGGGAAUUGGGUGCCUCCGUUGGUGGCGUUCCCGUCGCCGCCGUUGGGGGUUCAGGAGAGGCCGAAGGCGGUGGUAGUGGUGAUGAGAGAGGGGACGGGAGCGAGGAAGAGUCGGGGGGGAGGGAGGCGGGGCCAAUGGAGGACGGAGCGUUGUGCAGGGCGGUGAAGUUUCGGUGCGCGGGAGUCAGCGGCUACGGCUUCAGGCGGGAGCCGGCGAAAGAAUGCCUGUCCACCUUGGAAAGCGUUGCUUACACGCUGGAGGUGCUGGAGGGGACCCCGCAAGGGCUGGCGGCAGCGGCCUACCUCCGCAAGGCGUUCAAGGCGAUGGUAUCGAUGCAGCUAUCUCGGGCCGACGCGGGGGGGCGCCGGCCCCGGUUUGUGAACCGAAAGGAGAGAACGACGAAUCGGAGGUCGACACCCAAGAAGGGAAUUCUUUGA